AACAUUUGAUCUCCUUCAAAUGUUAGAUGUUGGAUGUUUCUCCUUCCUGUCUCAGAUUAACAGUCCACAGGCUGGCUGCUCGCACUGUGAUUCGCUCGCUGGAGUCAGAGGAGAGGACACGAAGAGGACAGCAGGAUGAAGAAGUGAAGAAGAAGGUGGUGGAGCUCAGCGUCCAAUCAGGAGUAAGCAGCUGUUUCACUGCCUUCAUUGCUGUCAACAAAGACAGCGGCAAGGCAGUUCAAGGACCGCUGGUGCGCAGAAAUGUCCCGACAGCUUUUCUACCUCAAAUGAUGGCUAAGUGUUCAGCUCGACGAAAAUCACUUCGUAAGUAAAUGCUUCAAAACAAAGUAAAACUACAAUAAAUAACACAAGAUAUUUCUGUCCUAUAACUUAUUAAUUAUAUGGUUGGUGAUGUUAAUGGUAUGCUCUUACUUAUUAAGGAUGAAUAGUUUUGUUUUAUUGUGGUUUAAUUCUUUAAGAUAUUUUGGAAGAGCUCAUUCAAUGUAUAUUUUACCCUGUAUUUUUUUCUCCUUUUCUGUUUUUGUUAUGAUUGUUCCUUAUCCACGUCCACCAGGCUGUAGUAAGUAAAACUACAAAAUUAAUUACAUUGCCCAAAAAAACCCUCAAUAACAAAUUAUCAUUCUCCUACUGCUUCCUGUUGUCUUCUUUUCUUUUCUGCCAGUAGUAACAGACACCUGUUGAUUAUGUGACUGGUGUGACGCAAAAAAGUUUUUCUUUCUAUUUCAAUGCGACUACAAAACUCAUUGUCGAAAAAUGUUUUAUUUUCUCCAAAUUGAUGUUUCCAUGAAGUAAAUUUAUCUCCGUAAUUUCAGUUGGUGCAGUUCUAUGCUUGUGAGAAGAGAUUCGCCAAUAUAGAUUUAGGAAGAUUUAUAUCUUAUCUGUUGAAAAUAAAUCA